GGGAGGAGUGGUACGUGUUGGAGAAAAGAGCCGGUAGCCAAAUGUCCUGGAAGAUGGGAGCCAUGACAGUUGUAUACGUCUUGUGCCUGUACUUUGCCGUUGUAUCUGCGGAUUCGAAGGCUGUGACAAUGUCUCUUACCACCAAGUGGCCCUCUACACCUUUAUUACUGGAAGCCAGUGAGUUUUUAGCUGAGGAAGGACAGGAACAAUUCUGGAGCUUUGUGGAAGAAAAUCAACAGUUGGAUGAUCAAGGUUCUGAUUUUUCAAACUACCAGCUAAUGUUGAGUAGCGCUGUUAGACACCUAUCGCCGUUCCAGCAGAACCUGCUGAGAUUUGCCCUGUCUCUUCGAUCUUACUCUGCUACUGUACAGGCGUUCCAACAGAUUGCCUCUGACGAGCCUCCCCCUUUGGGCUGCAGUGCCUUCAUUACAGUUCAUGGAGAGAAAACUUGUAACUUGGACAACUUAUCUUCCCUUUUAAAGUCUGCUGCGGAGAGGCCCAAGCCAUUCUUGUUCAAAGGAGAUCACAGAUAUCCGGGUAAAACCUCUGACAGCACCGUGGUUAUACUUUAUGCUGAGAUUGGCACCAAGGAAUUUUCCGUCUUCCAUCAGCUGCUUUCCGAGAGGGCCAGAGCGGGAGAAAUCAACUAUAUACUGCGCCACUAUGUUAGCAGACCUGGAGCUGAAAAAGUUUUCCUUUCCGGCUAUGGCGUGGAAUUGGCAAUCAAAAGCACUGAAUACAAAGCGAAGGAUGACACUCAGGUGAAAGGGAAUGAUGUAAAUGCCACUGUGAUGGGUGAGAAUGAUCCAGUUGAUGAAGUGCAAGGAUUCCUCUUUGGGAAACUAAGACAACUAUAUCCAGAACUGAAAGAGCAGCUAAAGGAAUUGAGAAAUCAUUUGGUAGAAAGCACCAAUGAAAUGUCCCCCUUGAAGGUGUGGGAGCUGCAAGAUCUUAGUUUUCAAACAGCGGCACGGAUUCUAGCUGCUCCAUCCUCAGAGGCUCUGUUGGUUAUGAAGGAUUUGAGCCAGAACUUUCCCACUAAAGCCAGGUCAUUAACCAGAACAGUAGUUGAUCCUGCUCUUCGCAUGGAAGUAGAAGAAAACCAGAAGUAUUUCAAAGGAACCUUAGGUCUGCAACCAGGAGAAUCGGCUCUGUUUAUCAACGGAUUACACAUCGAUUUAGAAAGCGAAGAUAUCUUCAGUUUGUUUGAUACAUUGCGCAACGAAGCUCGAGUGAUGGAAGGUCUUCAUCUCUUAGGGAUAGAAGGUGCUGCCCUGCAUAAUGUUCUAAAACUCAAUGUUCAGCCCUCUAACUCGGACUAUGCUGUGGAUAUCCGCACUCCUGCCAUAUCUUGGGUGAACAACUUGGAACUUGACAGUAAAUACAAUUCAUGGCCGUCCAGCGUUCAGGAACUGCUACGCCCCACCUUCCCCGGUGUCAUCCGACAGAUCCGCAAGAACUUUCACAACUUGGUUCUUAUUGUUGACCCUGUACACAAGUCCACCUCGGAGUUGAUAAAUGUGGCUGAAAUGUUCCUCAGCAAUCAUAUUCCUAUCAGGCUUGGUUUGGUGUUUGUUGUAGAUGACUCUGAAGAUGUUGACGGCAUGCAAGAUGCGGGGGUUGCUCUUCUCAGAGCUUUCAACUAUGUGGCUGAUGAAAUUGACAAUUAUCAGGCAUUCCAGCUGGUCGUAUCGAUCUACAACAAAGUCCGUACUGGAGAAACACUAACUGUGAAACAUGUAACCAGCGUCCUGGAGCAGAAGUAUCCAUAUGUCGAGUUGAGCAGUAUUAUGGGUUCAGACUCUGCUUACGACCAAAACAGAAAGGAAGGGAAGGAGUACUUUCUGCAAACAGGGCUGUCCCCUCUCCCAGUUGUGCUGUUCAAUGGCAUGCCAUUUCCAAAGGACCAGCUAGAGUCUGAUGAGCUGGAGACAGCGACAAUGCAUAAAAUUCUGGAGACAACCAGCUUCUUUCAAAAGGCUGUGUAUUUGGGAGAACUAACCAAUGACAAUGAUGUUGUGGAUUACGUCAUGAGCCAGCCCAGUGUAGUACCCAGAAUCAACAUGAGGAUCCUUGAACCACAGCGGCAUUACUUGGAUUUCACUGCUACUAAUAACUUCUUUGUGGAUGAUUAUGCCAGAUUCAGUGUUCUUGAUACAGAUGAUAAGACCGCAGCAAUAGCCAACAGCAUGAAUUACCUGACAAAGAAAGGAAUGUCCUCCAGGGAGAUUUAUGAUGACUCCUUUGUGAGACCCGUCACCCUGUGGAUCGUUGGAGAUUUCGAUACACCAUCUGGACGUCAGCUUUUGUAUGAUGCAAUUAAACAUCAGAAAUCCAGCAACAACGUUAGAGUUGGUAUGAUUAACAACCCCGGUGAGGAUCUGUCCGAUGAAAACACUCGUUUCGGGAGAGCUAUAUGGGCUGCUCUUCAGACUCAAAACUCUAACAACGCCAAGAACUUUAUCACCAAAAUCGUUAAGGAAGAGAAUGCCAGAUUGAUUGAAGGAGGACAGGACGUAGUGGAAUUUUCCGUUGGGGGAAUGGAUGUCAAUCUCUUCCGUGAAGCUUACGAGUCUCCUAAAGUCGACUUCAUUUUAUCCCAUGCGGCUUACUGUCGAGAUGUGUUAAAGCUGAAUAAAGGAGAUAGGGCCAUUAUCAGCAACGGGAGGGUUAUUGGACCUUUGCUAACGAAUGAAGUCUUUAAUCAGGAUGACUUCCACCUACUGGAGAACCUAGUUCUCACAACUUCAGCGCAGAAGAUCAAAUCCCACAUUCAACAACUAGGAGUGGAAGAAGACCAUGCCAGCGAUCUGGUCAUGCGAGUGGAUUCUCUGUUAUCCUCUCAGCCAAAGGGUGAAGCAAGAAUUGAAUACAAGUUAACAGAAGAUCAGCACAGUGCCAUUAAACUGAGACCCAAGGAAGGGAUGACUUAUUUCGAAGUAGUGGCUGUCGUGGACCCUGUUACUAAAGCAGCACAGAAAUUGUCUCCAUUGCUCUUGGUUUUGAACCAAAUCCUAAACAUGAAUUUACGAGUGUUCAUGAACUGUCAGUCCAAGCUGUCAGAAAUGCCUCUGAAGAGCUUCUACCGAUAUGUACUGGAGCCGGAGAUUUUGUUUACACCCGCAAAGAAAAUAGCACCAGGUCCUAUCGCCAGAUUUCUCGAUAUGCCCCAGUCUCCUCUCUUCACUCUGAGCCCCAGCACUCCAGACAGUUGGAUGGUGGAGUCGGUGCGGACGCCGUAUGACUUGGAUAACAUCUACUUGGAAGAGAUUGAAAGUGUAGUAGCAGCUGAAUUUGAACUCGAGAACCUGCUCUUAGAAGGUCAUUGUUUUGAUGUCUCUUCCGGGCAGCCGCCCCGUGGUCUUCAGUUUACUCUGGGGACCCCCACCAAUCCUGUUGUUGUGGAUACAAUUGUCAUGGCUAACCUAGGUUAUUUCCAGUUAAAAGCUAAUCCUGGUGCUUGGUUACUUCGUCUAAGAGGAGGACGGUCCGAGGAAAUAUACAGCAUUUAUAGCCAUGAUGGAACAGACUCGCUUCCUGAUUCCCCUGAGGUAGUGAUUGUUUUACAUGAUUUUAGGAGCAAAAUCAUUAAAGUCAAGGUCCAGAAAAAGCCAGAUAAAAUGACUGAAGAUCUUCUGACUGAUGAGACUAACGAAAAUGAAUCAGGAUUCUGGGAAUCGAUUAAACGGGGUCUUUCUGGGAGUCAGAAAACAGAAGAAGUCAAACAAGACAAAGAGGAUGUGCUUAAUAUAUUUUCUGUAGCGUCUGGACACCUGUACGAGCGGUUCCUCAGAAUUAUGAUGUUAUCCGUUUUGAAAAAUACACAGACGCCAGUGAAAUUUUGGUUCUUGAAGAAUUACUUGUCCCCCACCUUUAAGAACUUUAUCCCCUACAUGGCGGAGCAAUACAACUUUCAGUACGAGCUCGUUCAGUACAAGUGGCCUCGCUGGCUCCACCAGCAAACCGAGAAACAGAGGAUCAUUUGGGGAUACAAAAUCCUCUUCUUGGAUGUGCUUUUCCCCUUAGCUGUGGAUAAAUUUAUCUUUGUGGAUGCUGACCAAAUUGUCCGGACAGAUCUCAAGGAGUUGAGGGACUUUAACCUAGACGGUGCUCCUUAUGGAUAUACUCCGUUCUGUGACAGCAGGAGGGAGAUGGAUGGGUACCGCUUCUGGAGAUCUGGAUACUGGGCCAGUCACCUAGCGGGGAGGAAAUACCAUAUCAGUGCUCUGUAUGUAGUUGACUUGAAGAAGUUCCGGAAAAUAGCUGCCGGAGACAGACUACGAGGGCAGUAUCAGGGUCUCAGCCAAGAUCCCAACAGUCUAUCCAACCUUGACCAGGACCUGCCGAAUAACAUGAUCCACCAAGUGCCGAUUAAAUCGCUUCCGCAGGAGUGGCUCUGGUGUGAGACCUGGUGUGAUGACACGUCCAAGAAACGGGCCAAAACUAUCGAUUUGUGUAAUAACCCAAUGACCAAGGAGCCCAAGCUGGAAGCAGCCGUACGGAUAGUGCCAGAGUGGCAGGAUUAUGACCAAGAAAUCAAGAAACUCUAUAGCCGAUUCCUGGAUCAGACUGCAAAUCUAUCGGCAAGUGGGUCUGACAGCCCGAGGCAGCAAGAAACCACAGAUCACAAUGCACACGUGGAAUUAUGAUCUUCAGGGAAGUGGACUCAUAUUUUUCUUUUGUUAUUUUUGUAAAAAAAAAUCCAAAGCUAUAGAAAAUUUUUACUUUUGUCAGUUUUACUGAAUGUCUGAAAAACUGCUGAAUGGUGUGCUAUUGAAUUCUUGGGGUAUUUAUACUUAGGGGUGUGAUUGAGGUUUUUAGGGGAUUGCCAUCCUCUGGCAGUCCUAAGGUGCUGUGAGCGUAUUGUAAGACUCAAAUUAUCAUUCUUUCUUCUCUAGACCUUUAAAAUAAUUAAAAUGGCUAAUCUGAAGGGUCGGCUGUAUAAAUGUUUGAAGCCACAAGGACAGUUACUUCAACAAAUAUUAUGCCAUUGAGUAACUUGAACAGCUGCCGCUGCUUCAAUCAAUACCCAUAGGUGUCAUCUAAUCUGCGUGUGCCAUGUAAUUACAGGGCUUGUGAUAAAACCAGCAGUUCGUAGCCAAAAAGUUCUGCAGUUUGAAUGUGACCUUGUAUAGGAAAAAGGAAAACAAUGCCCGUCUUUUUACAUCCUGAAGAAACUAUUACUUAAUGCUGCAUGAAGACCUUCAAAAUAACCAUGCAUUAAUUCCAUAUAACCUUCAUAAGCCCCACAAUACAACAUGAAGAAACGAUGACGCCACUUUAGAUAUCGCUAGACAUCAACUUGAUUUCUCCUGCUUUUCUUUGGGGAAAUAAUGCCCUGCACUGAUUUUUUUUCUUUUUCUUUUCUUUAAGCCCUAGAAAACCAGGCAUCUGUACUUUCAUUCUUGAGAACCCUUUACACAUGAAGUCCGUAAUGUCAAAUGGUAAAAAUAAAAA